AUGGCGUCAAUUGAAACUGGGUCAAGUUGUUUCACUGAGUGUCUUGGUAGUAUAUUAGAUCAAAUGUGUCGUAAAUCAUCUUAUUCAAAUUCUGUUAAACUUAUCAAUUUAAAUUAUUCAAAUGAAAAUGUAGCAAAAAGUUUUACUCAUCAAGUUGUAUCAGUUUUGAAAGGAACAAUUAUACCUUAUAGUCUAAGAAGAUUUUUGUGGCCGCUAGCAUUAUUUACAGUCACCGAACGGACUAGAUCAGAAUUAGAAAAUCCAAUUAUUUGGAAUGGACAUAAAAUGAGAGAAUUAGAAUCAUCUGCUCGAAAAAAUUUUGGCGUUUUGUUGGCAUCUGGAACCGCAAAACUUGGAUUGACCACACCAAUGUGUUCAAAAUUUGAUGAUAUCAUUAAGAAAAGUGUGAAAGAGAUCAGUCUAGAACUUGAAGCAAAAUUCAAAAAUCAACAAAAACAAUUUAAACAAUUCAAAGAACAAUCAGUGAAAAUUUUAAAUGUAUUUUAUACAGCUAAACAAAUUUAUGAUCCACUUUAUAUUUAUUGGCUUCUUCCUAUACAUUUUGCACUUAAUAAAGACUAUAUUUAUGAAUUAAUUAAACAUUUUCCUGAUAUACCAACAAAAGUUUCUAUUAAUUCAGCUGAUGAAGGUAUUCAAAUCUAUUCGUUUGCUUUAUGUUUAAGUAUAUUUGUUGAUAUAAUGAGUAAAAAGUAUGGAUUAUAUCAUAAUAAUGUUAAUAAUAUAAUUGAAAAAACAAUGAACAAUAUCAAUCAACUACAAUGUAUUCAGCAUAUUAAAAAUGUUCAUAAAGAAUUUAUUCUCCGAAAUUCUAAUAAUAAUAAUAAUAAUAAUUCUAUUAAGAAAUUGGAUUUCGAACUAUUUGUUGGCACUGUAAACAGUAUAGCUUUAUUAUUUUUUUGGGAUCAAUUAUUUUUAAAUUCAUUCAAUUGUGAUGUGAUUAUUGAAUUCGCUGAAACAAUCCUUGUGUUAUUAGGCUCAGAUAUUUUACAAGUUAAUAAUUUUACUGACAUGGAACAACUAUUAAACCAUGGACCGAAUAAACUUCUAACGAAGGACAUAAUUCAAACAUGGAAUAUGAUUCAUUUACAUAAAGUUUUAGAUGAUGAUUACUAUAAAUUAAACAGACUUUCUGGGAAAUUAGUAUCAUUAACAAGGGAAAUACAAGAAACAUCGAAGAAAGAUGUCAAUUUUUAUUUACAAGACUUUGUUAUACAUAAUAUAAUUGUAACAACAGUAACAGAUUCAAGAAAAAUUUUACCCCCUGAUUUAUUUCGUAUAAAACUGGACUAUAUUGUUGAAGAGGAAAUAAAACAAAGUACUUUGACUGAAACUAUACCGACAAUGAUAUUUCAUGGGAAAAUAUCACAAAUAUAUGAUUUCUUAGAUCAGAUUUAUUCUACUGAUGAAGAUUACAGUAAAAAUAAGCCUAAUUCAAUUACAAAUUAUUCAUAUCCAUCAUUUAUACAAGAACAAUCUAAAAUGUAUAUUACCAUGUUUCAAUUUAACAUGGAACAAUCUUACUCUUUUGUGAUUUAUCCAUAUAAAUUAUGGACACGUGAGGUUAUCAAUCCAAUUGAACAAGGUACCUAUCCAGAAAUAUUAUAUGAUUCUGCAUGGACUAUGGAUUAUUUGUUAAUUCCAUUCAAUUAUUUAUUUUAUCACUUCUACUCAUUACCCAUCAUAGAAACAGAUAAUUCUAUACCACUUCAACUUCUACAUGGGUCACGAAUCUCUCUUCGACUUUAUAACCCUAAUAUUGAAGUAGUACCGAAAGUUAUAGAACAACCAACUAUCUAUAUAACUAGAUCAGUUCAAACUAAGGUGAUAUAUAAAGAAACAGUAAAUAUUGAAGAUGCUGAAUAUCUUCAAGAAGAACAAAUUAUAGAUCAGGAAGUUGAGGAUAUUGAAGAAUUAAGUCCAACAGCUACUCCGAUUGACGAUCCAUGGGUACCAUUCAAAAAACUUGCACCAUACGAAAGAUUAAUGAAACCAUCUUCAACAUCUGAACCAUUUUGUAUUUAUGUCGAUCAAUUACGCUUCAUGCCAGAUAACUCGACAAUUUUUAAGGUUACUGGUCGGUUACUAAAUACAAAGUAUGAUGAGGAAUUAUCGGACAUUUUGAUUGUACCAGAAGAAAAUUUUGAGAUAAGAGAAACUAGUAGAUCACCAGUUUUUUCUCCAAAUCAACGUUUUAUUGUUAAUCUUAGUCAAAACAAAACUUUAUCCCAGAACUCUUUACUAUUUCUAAGGGUGUAUACACUUACACUCACAAAUCUAAAAUAUGUAGUUAUUGGAAACGUUCUGCUGAAGUUAUUCAAUUCAAAUAAGCCUUUACCUCAACCGGAAUACAGAUUUAGAUCAUAUCGUUCAGCUGAAUCGACUCCAACAAAUUUUGAAUGGGUUGUAUAUCGUCAAUUCCAGUCCGAUGAAAAUAGGAAAACAGACAUACACAGUAUGGUGAAAAUGAUUUUACGGCGUGAGGGUGAAUUCGACAAAUCUUCAGAACAAAAUGACUUCUUAACUUCUGAUUAUCUAUAUCGUUACACACUUCAACGAAUGUCAAUUAAAAGAAAUACAACUACAAAUGGUAUACCAAACCAAAUGAUUUCAGCGUUUCCAUUUUUUUAUCGUGUAAAUGACGGUUUUCUGUUAAGUUUAAAGGACGCUAAGGGUUUGACAGUAAAAGAAGGAGAUUAUAUUUUUGGGUUGGCUAAAGUUAUACGAAGCUCUGAUACUAGUCUUAUGCCAGUUAACAAAUUUUAUGGUUUUGGCAAUGAUGAUGACUUAUUAUUCGACAGAUUUGAUUCAACAAUGUCUCUUGAAAAUCCUAAAUGGGAAGACGCGCCUCAACUUACUAAACCAUACUACGAUUCGAAUGCGUUACUAAUCAUACAGAUAUUUAGAGUGCCUUUAGUAUUCACUAUUGGUGGAUCAAUAAGUAUAACCAAAUCAGGCAACUGGUUCAUUCCACAACUGGUUUCUCGAAAACCGAACAAACGACAAAUCACUAAAUUACGAAGGAUACACUUGAUUGGUUGGUCGUUCUUGCGUCUAUUUGAGUGGGGAUUUUUACGUAAUGGAAUGCAUAAACUUUGUCUUCUUAAACCUCCAAUUCGUCUACGAACAUUAGAUAAAAUACAAAAUAAAGAUGACGAAAAGUCAAUCAUGCUAAGAUCAGAUAGUUUUCUGGAAAAUGCAAGUCUCACUAUACAAUUACAAAGUGCUCGCUUUCUAGAUUUUGUUGAAGAAUUAAAAAUAGAUCAGCAGCCAUAUUAUUCUCAUAUUCCAUACGAACAUGGUACAGUAGAUGAAUAUGAAAAUGUUAAUCAACAAAUGAAAGAGUCUAGCAGGACUAACUUAGAUUCCAUGGCGGAAUUCAGAGCUAAAUCUGAUACGAAUUGGCUUCAACAAGGAGAAAUUGGAAGUGAAAAACUUUACACAGAAAUUCAUGAGUUUCUCAAGAAUCAAGUGGUUAAACUAUGGAGUGAAUAUUCAGCAAGUCAUAUGAAAGCACAAGACCCACCGUUUUCAGAUUUCAUAACUUAUCACUCUACUAGUUGA